CAGGAACCCCCGGGUUGCCGAUAUAAAAGGAACCAGAAACAGCCAGCCCUCCCUUCUACUCCUCCUCCGUCCUUCUUCUCUCCUCGUUUUUCUUUUUAUAUAUUUAUUUUCCCACCCUUGCCUGCGUAGUCGUUUAGUCGUUUAUUCGCUUGAUCGUGUUCUGUUCCUGUCUGUUUAGUACAUACACAAUGUCCAACACGACGACGAUCCCACUGACGUCGCAUUCCUCGUCCCCGUUCGUCGACCACCUCGAGGUCUACUGGGCCUCACUCUUCGAGAACCGAAACGAGGCCCUGGUGACGCUGCUGAUCCUCUUUAUCUCCCACGAGAUCAUCUACUUUGGUCGCUGUGUGCCCUACCUCAUUGCGGACCAGAUCCCGUCCUUGCAAAAAUACAAGAUCCAACAAAAGACCAUCCAGAACACCUCCCAGAACCAGUGGAAAGUCUUUCGAUAUGUCCUCAUGUCCCACUUCUUCUUUGAAUUACCCAUGAUCGCCGGUUUCCAUCCCGUCGCCGUCUACUUUGGCAUGGCCAUCUCUGCCGUACCCUUCCCGCCAUUGUCAAAGAUGAUCCCCCAGAUCUUCCUGUUCUUCGUGUUCGAAGACUUCUUCCACUACUGGGCCCACCGUGCCCUGCACUACGGACCGCUCUACAAACACAUCCACAAACUCCACCACGAAUGGUCCGCUCCCUUCGGUCUCGCUGCGGAAUACGCCCAUCCGAUCGAGGUCAUCAUCCUCGGCACCGGCACCAUCGGCGGCCCCCUGAUCUGGUGCUACUUCACCCACGACCUCCAUCUCAUCACCACUCUGAUCUGGAUGACCCUCCGACUCUUCCAGGCCGUUGAAGCCCAUUCAGGAUACGAUUUCCCUUGGUCGACCCAUAACUGGUUGCCCGGCUGGUCCGGUUCUGAACACCAUGAUUAUCACCACAUGGCCUUCACCAACAACUUCUCGACCAGCUUCCGAUGGUGGGAUCAUAUCUUUGGCACCAAUAAGAAGUAUAUCGCCUACAAGGACCGACUGAGGAGGGAACGCAAGGAACGAGAGGCAAAGAAGGCACUUUAGACCAUUCAUCAUUCAUUCAUCACCAUCAAAUAAAUGUAAGUUAUAGCAAAUAAUUCCAUACUUGAUUCCCCAAUCCUGGCUGAUCGACCGGGAUUCAUCAUAAACCAUUCAAAGCCCAGAACUGUAAAUGCCUUUGACGCAAAAGUUAUUUUUAUUAGGGGGAGGGGGGGGGGAGAGAAAGAGAAAGAGAAAGGCGGAAUGAACUAACAAGACGGCAAAAAAAAAAUAAAAAUAAA